AUAUAGAAAGACGUGAUAUCCUAGUAACUGCUAUAUAUUUUUUCUAAAGAAUAUUUGUAAUUAUUACAACUGAUCGUAGUACUAACGUGAGAUCACUUGGUGAAAAAAAAUCAAAAUAUUUGUGUAUUCUGAUUCUUCAUUUGAAUAAUAGACAAAUCUCAAUAUUAAAAUACAAGGAGAGAAUAUGGAAGGUGCAGCACGUCAUGCUCAAAGAUUAGCUGGAAAUUUUCUUGAAGAUAUGGAAGCAAUACAAAAAGCUUCUCGUGAAAGAGAUAGACGGGCGAUGAGUCAUUUUGAAACUAAUUCUGUGAGUUCAAAUAACAUUUAUCCACCGCCAAUGGAUUGGGUACCAAGACGUCGAAGUUUAAGCGGAACACCAUUUAGAACUAGCUGUUAUCCAAUGAUUUAUUAUUCUUCAACACAACUUCCCAGAAGAAGAUCACUUUGUGUUCCACGGCGUCGUUAUUCAUUUUCCACUCAGCGAAAUGCCUAUACUGAACCUAAUAAAGUCACUUUGGUUGGUAAAUCCAUGUCCAACUAUUCUCGUCCAUAUUCUGUGUAUAACAGUGCAGGCAGUAGUUUAUACCAAACUCCAGAAUCAAACGGUUAUUAUCGACCUCAUUUGAGACCAACGAUCUGGCGUGAUUAUGAAGUCAACAGGCUUAUGAACAAUGAAAUUUUACCAACAUCAUACUUACAUGCUAGUUCACCGCCAAAACAACAUAUUUUAUCUCCGAAAGCUAAAGUCUAUCUGAAGUAUCGAUCUCUUCAAAAUUUAAGUAAUCUAUACGAUGGUGCAGAUGAUGAGAACGGUAUGCCACGUGUAAUCCAUACAUCAUAUAGCCGUAAUUUUCCACUGCAUACUAGUCGUUUGAGUUCAGUGCCACCGUCAGCAGUUGGGACGUAUCGUUCAACAAUAACUAGUACAGAUUAUGGAUUGCCACCCGUUGUACAUCGAAAUUACAGAACGAAUCGAUAUAUUUAUGAAACGCCAUAUUAUACAUCAACAUAUAGUAAUAUUGAACCUAUAAGAACUACUUAUACAAGUAUUGGACCAAGACGAUAUACAUAUUAUUAUCCAUCAAUUGUUACUACAAGACCAUUGUCGAGUUCAGGUUCGUAUAGUAACUUGUCUAGUGAUAUGCAAGCUGAGCGUAGACGAAUUGAAAUUAUAUCCUUUAAAGAUCAGGAUCACACAUGACUGCGAAACAUUGAAAAUUUAUUUGACCACCCAGUUGGUUAUUACUAAUAACAAAAAUUACCUGAUUUGACAGGAGUAAUUGUUAUCAAUAAAUAAUUACAAUUUACACAAAUCCGAUUUGAAUUUAAGCAUUUAAUUUCACUGAAACUAUUUUCAUUGGUCAUCAGCAUGGGUUUAUUUUGUUUGUAGAUUAUGAAACUGUGUGAAUACUUUGCAAUAUCACUUGCUUAUUCAUAAGCUACAACAUGAACAUUAAUUACACAACCAAUAUGUAGACUGAUGCUUAUCGACUAGAUUAAUAUGAUUUGUUACCAAUUUUUUUUAAUUUUACAGUGUAUAUUUCCAUGUAUUCUAAUAUGUAAACUAAUAUACACUAUUUUUAUGUCAAAAAUAAGUUUUGAAAUAUUUUUAUAAUUGUACAUCGUAUAUAUGUAAUUUCACGCUAUUCAAUAGCGUCGUAUGGACGAUUUAUUGGAAUACAAAUUGCCCUCACCUGAAUACUACAGGGAAAUGAGGGGAUCCCUACGUGCAUUGAAUGACAAAUUAGAUGUUCAUCGGAAAAUGCUUGAUCGUUACUCCGGAAUUGAUAUGAACGCUACAACUGCAUCAGUACAAGAUCGAAUUGAAUCAAAAUAUCAACAACUUGCAAGCAGAAUGGGCCGUCGAACCACGGCUAUGGGAAGGGAUUAGUGUAUCCUGAAGGUAGUCAGACUUCUGAACUAAGGGGAAGAAUUAAACGUCUUUUGUGUCGUUCCCGACGUGAUCCUCAUUAUUAUCGUUAUCUACCAACAGGAGUCGUAUAAAUACUUCAAUGAGACUAUAAUGAAUCCAUAUACUUGGUGUUUGAAGUGAUUAUUGUUAUUAUUAUUAAACUUAUGUUAUAUAUACCGCAUGCUUAUUCAAAUUGAUAAUCCCUUGAUUUUGUUCUUCAUGUUUUUAUUACUCUCUCUCUGUUGAACUCCUAUUUUGCUUUUUCUAAUCUACAUUAUUCUUGUUAUGAUAUUUCCUAGUUAUUAAUUUAAUAAAGAAGAACAGUUUCAGCUUUUUCUGCAACACACAUGUUUAUUCCCAGGUAUAUAUAUAUAUAUAUAUAUAUAUAUAUAUAUAUAUAUAUAAUUCUUCAAACUAUUCAAUAAAGAAAGCUAUUUAAAUGCCAAUUACAUUUUCGUUUUCAUAAUAAUUAAGAACCAAGUGAAACACCUUUAUUUCGUAGAUAAAAAAGGACCGUAAGAAAAAAAAGGAGAACUUCAAAUAAACAAAUUAUGGUUUACAGUAGCUUUCACUUAAUUUUAAUAUUGUUAUUACCAUUUCUAUUCUUGUUCUUAUGUUUCCCACUUAAUGAUUACACAAUAAAUAUAAUCUAUUCUGCUAAAGCUGUGUUACCAUAUUACUUCAUUAUGCCAAUCACUUGAAGAACCGAAAAAGAAAAAACUAAUUACAAUAUGGUUUUAAUAUUUU